UUCAGGUCGAUACUAGAAACUUCUUGUUCGCCAGGGAACAGCUUAUCACAAUUGCAAAAGUUCCUGAUGAAAAUGGUCUUGUUGUGCUCACAGGUAUAAGCUCUUUCGAGUUGUUUUACAACAUAGCAGAGCUUUACACAGAAGCAAGGUUGCGUCAAGGAACGCGAAGCUUAUCCUUGAGUGAUGAUGAUGCUGUGCUUCUCACAUUCAUGAAGCUCUAUCAUGAUUUAACAUUUUCUCUGCUGGCAGUGUUGUUUAGUGUUCACCGUACAACUGCGUCUAACAUUUUCAAGGAUUCGAUUGUAAUUCUAGCAAGUAUUCUUGAGCAUGCAGUUUUCUGGCCAUCGAAGACUGCAGUUGUCAACUGUCUUACAAUGUAUUUCAAAGAAUACAAAGACACGAGGAUGGUGCUUGACUGCACUGAAAUAGAAAUUGAGCGCCCAAAAGAUCUUGUGUCGAGGCUCCUCACGUACAGCCACUAUAAGCGCACAUACACUGCAAAGGUACUGGUGAGUGAGACACCAGGUGGCUUAAUCAGCUAUAUAAGUCCGGCGUAUGGCGGGAAAGCAUCUGACACAUACAUCACAAAGCAGUGCAGCAUUCUUGACAAGUGUAUUCCCCAUGUUGACAGUGUAAUGGUAGAUAAAGGCUUCCUGAUCGGUGAACUUUGCAAAGAAAAAAACAUAAAAAUGAUCAGACCUCCCUUCCUCAUGGAAAAACAGCUUACUACAGAGGAAGCUAGGAGAAAUCAGUCCAUAGCAAGUGCCCGAGUACAUGUGGAGAGGGCCAUUCAAAGGAUGAAACUGUACCGCAUUUUGAAAAAUCGUUUUGAUCUUGACCUUGUGCCAUACAUUGACUGCAUAUUCAAAGUAAUUGCUGGCACUGUGAACCUCUCAAAGCCGUUGUUCAGUAACAACAAGUUCCUUUUCAAAUGAUAACAUCUGCAUGUGUAUUUUAUCAGGUUAAGUCUCCACAAAGUAGUUCUACAGCGAUUACUAGAUUAGCUUUGUGAGCUUUUUCUUCGUCUUUCUGGGGUUUUACGUGUCAAAACCAGUUCUG